GGAUGCUUGAGUAACACACUGUGAUCAUGUCCGCUAACCCACUAUCACAAUGACAUUUAAAUAUGGAUCUUUUACUUUUGGAAUCAGUGAGGCUCAAAUUAGUUGCCUGUGUCUUGUUCCUUCUUCUGCAGUGGACAGAAAGUUUAACCACUUUCAAGACCUCAGCCCUCUGCCUGGACAAUCCUUGCCAAAACAGGGCAGAGUGCAGGGAAGGCCCAUCUGACUUCCUGUGCCAGUGUCAGUCUUCCCUGCCAGCCCUGCCCAGCACACAAUGCCAUUCUUCUAGUGUGCUCUGCCAACCGCCCAUCUGCCAGGGCAAUGCGACAUGUCAGUCCACCAGCGCCCACCCCAGGGAACUAGUGUGCCAUUGUGAGCCAGGCUUGUUGGGGAAGGACUGCCACUCUAAUGCCCAGCUCUGCGCUCAGGGGCUGUGUGGGGACAGUGCCCGCUGCCUGGCAGUGCAAGACAGGAGCCCAGGGUACGCUUGCAUCUGUCAAGAAGGCUUCACUGGGACUUUCUGCGAGAAAAAGGUGGAUUAUUGCUCCCCCAACCCCUGCAGCAACCGAGCCAUCUGUCGGAGCAGAGGGGGUGGCCCCACCUGCUUCUGUGUGCCGGGAUUCCAGGGUGAGCGCUGCGAGAUUGAGGUGAAUGAAUGCGUGUCGAAACCUUGCAGGAACGGAGCCACCUGUGUGGACAAGAUCGGUCACUACAUCUGCCUCUGCAGGCCUGGAUACACAGGUAGCAGCUGUGAGGUUCAGAUUGACGAGUGUCAAUCACAGCCCUGUCUCCACAGCGGCAGUUGCUAUGACCACAUCAAUGGCUUCUCGUGUUCCUGCCUGGUGGGCUUUCAGGGGGAGCGCUGUGAAACCAACAUUGAUGAAUGCAGUGAGCAGCCGUGCCAAAAUGGGGCGUUGUGUGUGGAUGAAAUAAAUAGGUACCGCUGUGAUUGCUCGCAAACUGGCUUUACUGGUGUUCACUGUGAAAUCCCACUUCCGCCCUGCUGGUCUCAACCUUGCCUCAAUGGCGCCCUCUGUGAGGAUGAAAAUGGGAACUACACUUGCAAUUGCUGGCCUGGGUUCAAGGGUCGUAACUGUGAGACAGACUUCAGUGAGUGUGAAAGCAGUCCCUGUGUAAAUAAAGGCAUUUGCGUUGAGCUCUCUUGGAAGACCCUUUAUGGCACUGAAUUCCUGCUGCCUACUCGAUACGACCCCAGGUAUGCUGCUGGCUUCAUCUGCAAGUGUCCACCAGGAUUCUCAGGUGCCUUGUGUGAACAGAACAUUACCGCGUGUACCGCCAACCCGUGUCAUAAUGGAGCCACAUGUGAGGACUUCCUGGGCAGCUACAAGUGCAUCUGCCUGUCCGAGAGCCAAGACGGUGUCCUGUAUGGGGGCCGCAACUGUAGUGAGCCCCUGGUGGGUUGUGGGGGCCAUGAGUGCCAGAACAAGGCUGCCUGCGUGCCCUUCCUGAGCGAGGGUGUACACGGCUACAGUUGCACUUGCCAGGCAGGUUACACAGGCUCUUACUGCCAGACACCCACUGCAUUCUCCUUCGAUGCAACCAGAGGCUACUUGCACCUGCAGACACCGCUUCUAGGUGCAGAAGCAUAUUUUAAUAUCACGCUAGGCUUUCGAACAGUUCUGGAGAACACAUUGCUGUUCCAGAGAGGUAGCGGAGGGGCCACUGUCAGCCUGGAGCUUCAAAGGGGCCGCCUGGUUCUCGAGUUUAAGAGUGACCCUCAGCCAGACACCACCAGCUGGACAUUGACACUGCCUCAGGAUGUAUCUGAUGGUGAGUGGCACACGGUAGAGUCCGUGCUUGGGGAAGGUUCCCUGCUGCUGCAACUUCUGGACCCCUGCCAGGAAGGAGAUAACUGUGGUAGAGUUGCCAAAGUGGAGAUAGGCCCCCUUGAGCUGGAGUCGGCUCUACAAAGCACCUUUGUUGGAGGAUUGGAUGAGGGAGGGGGAUCUGGAUCAUUCAUUGGCUGCAUGAGGGACUUGUUGGUGGACUCACAGUUGAUGGUGCCGGAGGACUGGUUGAGCAGCUCAACGGUAAAUGUCAUGCAAGGCUGCAACCAUCACGAUCGAUGCCUCUCUGGACCUUGUGAGAACCAUGGAGAGUGUGUUAACCUGUGGCAAGGAUACCGGUGCAAGUGUCCACGACCGUAUAAGGGGCACAACUGUGAUGAGGAGUAUGUUACAGCCAGAUUCGGGCAGGAUGACUCCAUAAGCUACGCUGUUUUCACCAUCAACGACACAUCAGAAUCAGGCACACUCUCUCUGUCCAUGUUCUUGCGCACACGGAAGGAGUCCGGUCUGUUAGUGCUGCUCGCCAACAGCACGUGUGAAUUCCUGCGACUGUGGCUUGAAAAGGGAAAACUAAAAGUGCAAGUCAAUGACUUGAAGAUCAUUACAGGUGAAAGUUUGGUUAACAAUGGUGAGAUCCAUUUUGUCGGAAUUACCAUCAUGGAAGGUCUAAUGAUUCUACAGGAGUCAGAUCGGGAAUUUAAAUCAACGAAUGUUCAACCUGUUUCCGUUCAGCUUGGGGCUAAGGUCUAUGUUGGCGGGCUGGUUGAUGGACGAGAUACAUCUUCCUAUGGUGGUUAUUUUAAAGGGUGCUUGCAGGAUGUGCAGCUUAAUGAAAGGAAGCUCCAGUUUUUCCCAUUUGGCACCUCUGCAGUGUCAUACAACCCAGACCGCAUGGUUGAUGUUACCGCAGGAUGCACCACUGAUGACUACUGCUCUAAAAACCCUUGUCAAAAUGGUGGCAUGUGCUUCUCUUUAUGGGACGACUUUACAUGCAACUGCCCUCCUAACACAGCAGGGCGGCACUGUGAGGAGGUGAGGUGGUGCGAACUUUCUCCUUGCCCACCACAAGCAGCAUGCAGGACCCUUGACCAGGGCUAUGAAUGCAUUACAAAUGUGACUUUCCAGGAUAACACUACUCUCGUAUACCGUGGGAACGGGAUGAUCUCGCGCCACCUCACAAGCAUUGUUUUCAACAUCCGUACACAUAAAAGGAAUGCAGCGGUGUUACAUGCGGAGAGUGGUCCUGACUUCAUCACAGUGUCCAUUCAGGAUGGCUUUCUGGUCCUAGAGCUUCUCAGCGGAUCUUCCUUCUCCUCAUCAUCACCUCUCCCACCCCUGACUCUAUACAGUCCAAGGCCAGUGGCUGAUGGAGAGUGGCAUGUUGUGGAGCUCCUAAUGGCCAAUCCUUGGGCUAACAGCUCACAGUGGACCCUGGUUCCCCUAAAUGAAAUGGACGAGCCAACAAUGUCUGACUCCAUGGCUGGAAACCUGGACUUCCUCAGAGAAAGCGUAGAUAUUCUCCUGGGAGGACUGGGCCCCGAGUCUGGCUGGAAUCUGAUUGGUUGUUUGAGUAAUGUUGAGAUUGGUGGAAUCGUGCUUCCGUAUUAUGGACCCGCAGAGGUGAGGUUUCCACGCACACAGGAAGAGAAGUUCCAAAAGAUAUCUGAGGUAUCUGUCCAGACCGGAUGUGUUGGUGAGGUGGUGUGUGAACCUAACCCUUGCCUACAUGGGGGCAUCUGCGAGGAUCUCUUCAACAUCUUCGACUGCUUCUGUCCGCCAGGCUGGGUCGGCAAUCGCUGUGAGCUGAACACAGACACCUGCGCCUCCAACCCCUGCCACCAUGGCUACUGCAGUGUGCAUGGUCUUACGUACAACUGCACAUGUGAGAGCGGCUACACCGGCAUUAAUUGUGAGGAGAAAGUGGAUGUCUGUGCCGGGCACAAGUGUGCUAACGGAGGGACCUGCUUGCAUGGCAUAAACAGCUAUUCCUGCCUCUGCCCAGAGAGGUUUACUGGGCCACGUUGCACCAUUCAGAUUCAAGAGGCUCCAUGGUACGUGGUUGUCAGGAGCAUAGCCCCCAAGCUCCCAGUGUCCAUCUGUGGUGAUGAACAGAGGAACUACACAUGUUUCAAUGGGGGGAACUGUUCUGAGACAUACAUGAUGUGUGACUGCCUUCCUGGGUUUUCGGGUCACUGGUGUGAGCUAGACCUUGACGAAUGUAAAUCCAACCCUUGCUUGAAUGGUGGCUACUGCCAGAACAUGGUCAACAAGUUCCAAUGUGUCUGUGAAAUGACCUUCGCCGGAGAGACCUGUGAAGUCGACCUGAACACAGCGAGUGUGACCUCUGGCCUGUUGCUGUCCAUCAGUUUGGUGUCUGUGGUUCUGUUGUUGGUUCUUUUCGGGGUGGCAACGGCUUUGGUGAUGGCGCUCAACCGACGGGCCACACGUGGUACCUACAGCCCAAGUCGGCAAGAGAAAGAAGGCUCACGGGUGGAGAUGUGGAACAUUGUGCAGCCUCCACCCAUGGAGAGACUCAUCUGAGCUGUUAACCUUUUUUUUCUUCUGAACAACAUGAGCCAAUCAUGUGGUUAUAUUAUGAUUGUGGCUAGAUCACCAACGGAUUCAUGAGACUAUAUAGCCUUAAAAAUAAAGAGCUUGAAGGCCUUCUUUAUUCGUUGAUGAUGUGGCAGCUAUCAAACUCAAAGUCUUACAGAUCAUCAUCACUUUUGAUUGGACAAUCUUCCAGAUAAUGUGUGUUUAAUUUAUGGGGGGUGGGGGGGUUAUAAGUGUAAUGAACAUCUAUUAUUGUUUUAUGUACCUCUGAAAGCUUUAAGACUCAUUGAUUGUUGAAUUGUGAAGUGCUGUUGACCAUAGUAACUUUAACACGCUGUCCUAACCAGGUAUGACAUGACAAGAUUCCAGCGUCAGGUAAGGCCUUAACGUUCUCUACUUGAACGUGAACGCAAAUGCUUUUAGAUAAUUGAUUUUGUGCCUCGUGUUUCAAAAUGUGUCAGACUGCAACUCCUAAGGCAACGGAUGUAUCAGCUGCAUUUUCAGUGUUGCCACAAAAGGUGCUAUAGAAGAUUAAGUGUAAACUCUUCUUCUACGGCAAGUGUCCUCUUUCAGUGGUCAUAUCUAGAAGUUUCAAUAUGGGAAAGUCUUGCGAGAGUCGCAUUUGCUGAUACUAAGUUUAGGGUUAGGUUUUCUGUGAAAUCCAAAAUAAACACAAUGUCAAAUUAGACUCUCGCGAGACUCUGCGAUGAUUGAGAGUUCCCUUAUAGACAUGACCAUUUCAGGCCAACUACUCUUUUGGAAGAGCAACAGUUUGAAGAGAAUCCUGCUGUGCAAGUUAAAGUUAGUUCAACUGUUGACGCGACUUACAAGAUGUACUGUUGCUCAUUGCGAUUGUGGCUGGCUAGUACAAAUAAAUCAGAUUAACAUGGAAGAUUUUAUUGCUUGUCACUUUAUAAUAUUGCGCCUGGUUUGGACACAGUGUGAAGGUCUAUUAGUGCGUUCAAGUAAUGUCGGAAUGAUUGUAUUUACGAGUUGAACGCACAUGAAUGCCAUCACAAAGUAGUAAUUACGAUUGGGAAACUCUGGAUUUUUUUGAGCUCCGACUUUGUAUUGGGGGCAUGUCAAUUUGAGAAUAAUGGCGGAAGCAAAUUGUUAUUGGUAAUAAUUCAGUUUUACUUGAGGAUUUUGACUGUGCAGUUUAGUAUGUAUGUAAUUUUUGUACUGUUAAAUGAAGAAUAACGAUAACAUUUGCCAGAAAAUAAGCCUCAUUUAGCAUUCAAUGCAGCAUCAACAACUGCAACAAAAACUUCCCAUCAUUAUAUGUGGCCGCACAAGGAUAAUACAAUAAAUAAAGCAUUAAUUACACACCUAAUGCGUGGCUUUGCUCUAAAUUUUGUUGCAUUGGUGCUAAAAAAGCUUCCAGCCUUCCCUAGUAAGUCAAAAAGAGAGAAAGAAAUAUUACAUUGCAAAACGGCACAUCGCAUCGUAUUUACAAUUUCUGACCUUGUAAGCGCACAAACUUCCCAGGAGGACUUGAACGCACCAUAUGUAUUUAUGUAUAAUAGCUAUUUGUGCUAGCAAUCAGCAAUAAAGAAACUUGAAUGUCAAAUUUGACUUCAAUAACCAAGAUCAACACUGAAUUGUUUAGCACAGAAACACAAACAUGGAAUUGUUGUAAUUUUCUGCAUUUGCUCUGUAAAAAAUAGUGUAAACAAUAAAUGAUAUGGGUAUUACAACCACACA